AUGCACGACAACCUUAAUAAUACGUGUAAUGACUUCAAGUCGAAUCUAUGCAUUCAAGUGGACGCAUUAAUCGAGCAGCUUCAAAUGCGGAAGGAACAAUUAAUGAGGCAUGUCGAUGAGCAGAAAGACCACAAGAAGCAGGUAUUACGAGAGCAAAUCUCGCGCUGUACAGCGAAACUUUCCCGGACCACUGGAUUGAUUCAGUUCUGUAUCGAGGCGUUGAAGGAACCGGAUCCUGCUACGUAUCUGCAGCAUUCGGCUGCCCUUCUUCAUCGCUCAACUAGCCAAGAGUUCUUGUGGCAUCGUGAAAUGAAGACCAAACCAGAUGUUGAUCCAGAGUUUGUGCUGAAUCUCGACACGAAACACCUACAGUACUCCAUUCAGACGCUCGAUUUU